AAAGUUGUCAGGAACAUAAAUCUGUUUUAAAACCAAAUCUGACCUUCGGAAUUCAUUCAGAAUGGAAAUUUCAACCUUUCAUAUAUGCUACAGACAUUAACUUUUAAUGGAGCCUUCUUUAAGAUUUCAUCUGACCCAGCAGUGAAGUAAGAGUAGAGACAAAGUUGUUUUAUCUUAGUGUAAAAGAAAAUGUGCUCUUAAAGCAACAGCAUUCAUUUCUGCUGCGUCCUGCUGUCCUAACUACAUCUUCCAGCAAUUAGUGACAACACUGAAGACCAGCAGGGCAAGCUGAAGACACCCAGACUACUCCUGAAGGGCAAGCAAGAAAUCUAAGCACCAUGUCAACGGAAACAGAACAAUGGAACCUUUCCCAGAGGGAACACAGAUGGUUUUAUUUGGUAUGGGAUGUUUCUGGGGAGCAGAGAGAAAGUUUUGGAUACAGAAAGGAGUCUACUCCACUCAAGUGGGUUAUGCAGGAGGGUGUACCCCAAAUCCCACUUAUGAAGAGGUUUGUUCAGGGAAAACUGGUCAUACAGAAGCUGUGCGAGUUAUAUAUCAGCCAGAAAACAUCAGAUUUCAGCAACUGCUCAAGGUCUUCUGGGAGAAUCAUGACCCGACACAAGGAAUGAGGCAAGGUAAUGACUUUGGCACGCAGUAUCGCUCGGCCAUCUACACGUUCUCUCAGGAACAGAUGGAAGCUGCUCUGCGAUCUAAAGAGGAUUAUCAAAAGGUAUUGAUGGAGAGUGGUUUUGGCACAAUCACAACAGAAAUCCGUGAGGCUCCGGAGUUCUAUUACGCUGAAGAUUACCAUCAACAGUAUCUAAGCAAGAACCCCAAUGGCUAUUGUGGACUUGGGGGCACUGGAGUAUCCUGUCCUGUUAGUAUUAAAAAAUAAUCCAUGCGCACACUACUGCACCAACAUUGUAUUAUGUGUUUGCUAGAAACAUAAAGUAAAGCAACUUGA